CUGCGCGAGUCGUGUCUCCCGGAAGCAACAUGGUUGUUUUGGUAUCCAGUGUAGUACUCAUCUGUCAGAAGGUAAAACAGACAUUAGGGCGUAAAUAAGAGCCUGAUCUGGGGUUUGACUGUAUGAACAGUUUUUACGAUGCUUUAUUUGAGUGAAUGAAACGACCUGUGUCCACAGAGAUCCACAGAAACGGUGUUAUUUUAAGGAUCCACGGUAGCUAGUGGUCGGCUAGCCCACUCGCUGUCAGUCUGUCAACAAGUUCAGUUCAGGAUGGACUGCACGGCGCUGGAGCUCGAUGCUGUCAAGUUUGCCAAAACUGCUGUCACCUAUGACCAGAGUGGCAAAUACAACGAGGCUGUGUUUUAUUACAAGGAGGCAGCCCAGGCCCUGAUAUAUGCUGGCAUGGCAGGGUCCAAGCUGGAUGGGAUCCAGGACAAAGUGAAUGAGUAUUUGGAUCGGGUCCAAGCUCUCCAUAAUGCUGUCCAGGCACAGAAGAUCGACCCGCUGAAGUCCCGGCAGCAGGUGGACUUAGAGCGAGCUCACUUCCUGGUCACACAGGCCUUUGAGGAAGAUGAGAAGGGGAAUGAUGAUGAAGCCGUUGAGCUGUACACUCAGGCUGUUGAGCUGUGCAUUAAGACGUCCAACGACACAUCGGACCAACCGCUGCAGAUCAAACUGAAGCAGCUGGCACGUCAGGCUUUGGACAGGGCGGAGGGCCUUAAAGAUUCUCAGUCCAGAUCAACUCCAGCUCAGGACAGGACGGGGCAUUCUGGAACCAAACCCGGCAGUGGUGCCCCUUCUGGAGGACCUGUUCGCCAGUUCUUCCCCCUCGGGCCAGACUUCAGCCUCAACGACCGACAGCAACCCCAUCCGGUCCGAGCCGUCCAGUCCAGCGAACCACACGGUCAGCGCUACACGUCUGAGGAGAUCGAGGUGCUCAGGAGUACGUCUACAAUCAACAGCAUCGCCUAUGUGCCCUUCAUGAGUGUGGACCUGAGGGAGCGAUUCGCCUUCCCUGUUCCUUUCUCAGACAAAAUGGGGAAGCUGGCUCUGUCCCCCAAACAGAAAGCCAUCUUCUCCCGCUGGGUCCGCCCAGACGAUAUCAGCAAUAACCCCACCAUGAUCAUGUCUGUGUCCAGCUUCAGCAUCAAGCAGACUGUGGUGUCUGAUUGUUCGUUUGUGGCGUCUCUAGCCAUCAGUGCCGCCUACGAGAGGCGCUACAACAAGAAACUCAUCACCAGCGUCAUCUACCCUCAGAACAGGCGAGGGGAGCCAGAGUACAACCCCUGUGGGAAGUACAUGGUCAAGCUUCACAUUAACGGAGUCCCCAGGAAGGUCAUCAUAGACGACUACCUGCCCGUGGAUCACAACAGGGAGCUGCUGUGCUCGUACUCCAGCAACAGGAACGAGCUCUGGGUCUCCCUGAUAGAGAAGGCCUACAUGAAGGUGAUGGGAGGAUACGACUUCCCCGGAUCCAACUCGAAUAUUGAUCUGCACGCCCUCACCGGCUGGAUCCCUGAACGCAUCGCCAUGCACUCAGACAAUCAGUCGUUCAGCAAGGACGACACUUUCCGCAUGCUCUUCCCGAGGUUUCACAGGGGUGACGUCCUCAUCACCACAGCAACAGGCGUGAUGACAGAGGAAGAAGGGGAGAGAUGGGGUUUAGUGCCAACACACGCCUACGCCGUGCUCGACAUCAGGGAACACAAGGGAAUGCGUUUCCUGCAGCUGAAGAAUCCGUGGAGUCACCUGCGCUGGAAAGGCCGCUACAGCGAGCGCGACGAGAAGAACUGGACACCUGAACUCCUCAAAUACCUCAACUUUGAUCCAAAGACGGCGCAGAAGUUUGACAACGGUGUGUUCUGGAUCUCAUUUGAGGACCUUUGUCAGUACUACGAUGUCAUCUACCUGAGCUGGAACCCCGCCCUGUUCAAGGAGUCCUCCUGCAUCCACAGCAGCUGGGAUGGAAAGCAGGGUCCGGUGAAGGAUGUCUACAGCCUGGCCAACAACCCCCAGUACAAGCUGGAGGUCCAGUGUCCAACAGGGGGAGCUGCAGUGUGGGUGCUGCUCACCAGACACAUCACUGACAAGGAUGAUUUUGCACAGAACAGAGAGUUCAUCACCCUGGUUGUUUACAAGACGGACGGGAAGAAGGUUUACUACCCAGCCGACCCUCCUCCUUACAUCGACGGCAUCCGCAUCAACAGCCCGCACUACCUGACGAAGAUGAAGCUGACCAGCGCAGGGACGCACACCUUCACGCUGGUGGUGUCACAGUAUGAGAAACAGAACACCAUCAACUACACUCUGAGGGUUUACUCUGGAUGCAAGUUCACCUUCUCCAAGAUCCCCAAUCCCUUCACACAAGUCAAGAGGAUAAACGGUCAGUGGAAAGGGAUCAGCGCUGGAGGUUGUGGGAACUACAAGGACUCGUACAAACACAACCCGAUCUACCAGUUCAACAUGGAGCGGCCUGGACCGCUGCUCGUCGAGCUCCGAGGAUCCAGGCAGUACAGCGUUGGUUUUGAGAUGGUCACGGUGUCACAGGUCGGGGAUCCAGGUCCAGCUGCCUUCCAGAAGAAGAGCAGUGGAGAUUACAGAUGUGGCUUCUGCUACAUGGAGGCGGACCACGUCCCGGCGGGUCUCUACAACGUCAUCCCAACCACAUUCUUACCCAAACAGGAAGGACCCUUCUUCUUGGACUUUGCCUGCACCACAACCCUCAAGGUCUCCCAGCUUCAAUGAAGAGAGCUGGAGAGAGCGAGGGAGUGGGAGAGAGGUACUUGCAUGAAGCAUCUUGGAACUGGACUUGCUGUAUUUCCCCCGGUUUAUCUCUCCUUCAGGAUCCUGGGAACCUUCCUUGAGGUGAAUGGACAGACUGCAGGGUUGAAGAGGACCUCACUGACAGUCAAGUCUUCUUGGGACGGAUUAAAAUACACGUUCACCACAAGUUAAACACGGUUACUGUGAGGAGAGCAGCAGCAUUUUACCUCCUUUUAACAUCACGAGAAACAAAUAUCUGAGCAGAUGGUUUAAUCUGAGAGAUCUCAUGACAGGAAGACAAGAGCUGCAACCAGAUUCAAGCAUAGCAAGGUACUCCCUCUUUUUAAAAACAGUUCUAUGAGAGUAGAGUCUGCAAUAAGGACGACAGAUCAGGUCAUGAGAACAGGCGUCUGAGUGGGCAGAAAACUACACAACAUUUAAAGGGAUUAAAAGUGUGUGAAUGAGAUGCUCACUGCUGCAAAACAAGAUGAAAAACUGCCAAACAAAACACACAAAUGUUACUUUGCAGUGCUGAGUACCAUACUUUGCACAAAUAGAGGCAUCUGUGUGUCUAAUGAUUGCUUUACUCUGCCCGUAACACACCUGUAAACACUUACAUUUGAGUUCAACAAGUCAGGAGCCAAAACAAUAAGAAGUAGAUCCACCGUCUGUCAGGUUAAAGGGAUGAUUAGUUUCUUUAAAGCGACUCUGAAAGUCUUUUAUUCUCAGGAGCAGAGCAGGGAAACCAGUACGGCAGCAUUUGAAUGAUGUCUCUUCAUGAUGUGUGUGUGUGAGUGUGUGUGUGUGUGUGCAUGGACGUGAUGGCUGAGACACAGCCUGAUUUCACUGAGCGUCCUCAGGUCGGGGACACAGCACGGCUUGAGACAGCUUCUGCCCGCAGCGUGAGAGAGGGAAUGUUUGAUUGUCACGAUCUACCUUCAGCAGGUUCAAAUGUAUUAUUGCCAAGUACACAUCCUCUGUUUACUCUUUAGUUGAUGUGCUGCACUUUGUUCGCCAUUUCUCAUUCUGUUUAUCGCCAAACAUGAAAUAUUCAACUUUGUUUCUUCAACUAAAACAAGCAGUUAUCAAAAGGGUGUGAUUUUUAAAACCUGGGCUCUUAUUUUGACGUGUUUUUGAGUCUGAAUGACCAAAAAAGUUCUAGAUUUCUGAAGCAGAUCUGCAGCCACAAGACAGGCUGUAAGGUGCUGUGUCCACUGCUGCUGUUUUUUGCAUUGGGAACGUCCACGACCUCAAUUUCAGAGCGCUUCUCUUCAGCGUUUACUGUUGCUAGGACACAGAAGUCGUGACCGUCUGCUUACAUUAAACCGCAUUUCAUCAAGAAACUGUAAAAACUACUGGUAGAAAUCAUAUCCGGGCAUUAGCAGCAGCUCUAAACUCAGAAUUUGUCCUCCUGCCAUUGUUGCUGACAAAGCUGAUUCCAGAAGUCCCGCCCCUUCUUGACUCUGAUUGGUUGGUGAUCAGGAAGUGGCAUUGAUGAGCACAGCAGUGUUCCAAAAGUUAAACUGUUUUCAACUGAGAGCACUGAGACAAAACUCUGCAGACGGCAGCAGCAGUGGACCCGGCAACUAACAGUGUUAAUGUAAUCCUUAGGGACAAGUGCACCAGAUAGAAGUCCCGCCCCUCCUUGAUUCUGAUUGGUUAAGUGCACCAGAUAGAAGUCUCAGGUUGUUAGUCUAUGCUUCCGGCUGGUUUUAGCAUGAACCUGCUGCAUUGAGGCCACAGCCUUCAUUGCAGCGUUCACACGUUCAACACCUGUCCAUGACCCUUUGCUGCAUGUCAUCCCCCACUCUCUACUCCCCCCUACGUUUCCUGGCUUACCUCAGCUGUCCUCUCUAAUGAAGGCAAAAAUGCCUGAUAGAAUUAAAGAAGAAAAUAUAUUAAUAUAUUACAGAAAUGACCCUACAGAGAUAGAUCUGUAAUUUAAGGGUUAGGGUCACCAAACUCCACUAGACAAAGACAAUUUACUUGCAGAACACAGGAGUUGCUGUUCUACCACUUCCUCCAUCUGUUAGUUUAUAUAAUAAAAUGUUGCUUAAAUAUUUUGUAGGAUUGCAACUGAACAUUUAAGCUACUGGUGGCUUUGAACUGUGUGUUAAAAGAGCUUAUCUCAAGAGAGGCAGGAAAACCCUUCCUGAAAUGCCAGAAACUUAAAAUAACAGCCUGCAAAACAAAACAACAAGAACUUUUGCGUGCUGGAGUUGCAGCAAUUACAGCCUGUUUUGUGGCAGCUAGCUAAAAGAGAAAAUAGCUAUUACUCAUGUUUGCACUUAUUUUGGUUAAAAAAGAAUACAGUGCCCAGGUUUGAAAUGAACGUAAUUCCCCUUCGAUAUCAAAGUGAGGUCACUAUUUCACAUACAAAUAAUAAAAUCCAUCUGAAACAGAGGUUCAGUCCACCUGGUUCAUACCACAGUCACACUCCAGAUAACAUGGUAUCAAUCCUCACCUGUAACAACUGUUAAAAUGACUCAUAAUAAAGCCUCUGCUGACUGUAUAUGUGUAAGUAACGAUGCUGUUGUUCUGACAGGUUGGAAAAAAGCUUUAAAUACUCAUAGCCGAGCACUUCUCUCUGAUAUCCACUCAUCGAGUAAAGAUAAAUCCUUCUUACAUUUCUUCCUAUAAUGAAUGUUAUUCUUUCUGUUAUCAUAUUCAGUUUUGUCUUUUACUUUGCAUCAAGCUGAUAAUUUAAAUAUGCAGCAGGACAAUCUUGCAGAGGCCUGUUGCAUGUAUGAUGAUGAUGAUGAUGAUUAUGAUGAUGAUGAUGAUGAUGAUGAUGUAAUGUUUGCAGCACUUGCACUAAAUGUUGGGAAGACUGACGUGUUCAAACUUUGAAUACAGAAAAACAUAUCUGAACGAAA